AUGAAGCGAACAUCCGCCUUCCCACUCCGCAGGAGCUCUACAUCCUCCGAAGACGAGCCCGACUUCUUCGACCUCCCCGAAGAACCGCUCCUGGCGGUCGUGAAACGGCAACUGCGACGCAUUCGAACCUGGGUUGUUCUCGCUAUUUUUCUCGUCCUAAUCCUCUACUACAGACGCGAGCAACCGAAGCGGCCGCCGCUACCUCAUAUUCAAUACGACCUGGUCGAUUGGUCCCGCUACGCUUAUAGCCAAUAUGCGACGUCUAGUGCAUACCUUUGUAACGCUGUGAUGGUUUUCGAGGCCCUGCAGCGUCUGGGGAGCCGUGCGGAUCGUGUGCUGUUUUAUCCGGAGAAUUGGGAUACGGAGAUUGCGGAUAGUAAUGAUAGAGAUAGUCAGUUGCUGGUGCUGGCUAGGGACAAGUAUAGGGUGCAAUUGGUGCCGAUUGAUAUGGAUUUGGUCAAGGAGGGAUCAGGAUCUGGCGAAUCAUGGGACAAGAGCAUCUCCAAGUUGCUCGCGUUCGGCGAAACAGAAUACAAACGGUUGAUCCAUCUUGAUUCCGACAUCACCGUUCUGCAGAACAUGGAUGAAUUGUUCUUUCUACCUCCUACCACUGUCGCCAUGCCCCGGGCGCAUUGGCUGUUACCCGAGAGCAGACAAUUGUCGUCCUUGUUGAUCGUGAUCGAACCGUCAUACCGCGAAUUCAACGCUCUCAUGGAGACGUCCAAGGCGGCUAUGUUUGGUCAGAUUGAGACCAACGAUACACACCUGUAUGAUAUGGAACUACUGAACAACCGCUAUGGCGAUUCAGCCAUGGUGCUCCCCCAUCGCCAGUACGCCCUUCUCACCGGCGAAUUUCGUGCCAACGAUCACAAGCACUUCCUUGGAGAUGCGCAGGAAGAAUGGAACCCUGACAAAGUUCUGGCUGAAGCCAAACUGGUACACUUUUCUGAUUGGCCCCUGCCCAAACCCUGGGUCAUGUGGCCGCAGAACCUUCUUCCGGAAAUGUUGCCGAAGUGCAAGAACAACCCUGGCACACCUCAAGAGAGCGGAUGUCGGGAUAGACAGAUUUGGAGGCAUCUUUAUGAUGACUUUCGGCGGAGACGAAGGGAUAUUUGCAAGAUCCUCAGUUAUCCUGCGCCGGAUUGGCCUCCAGUGGAAUAA